AUGUUCCGAUACUUGGCACUUCUCUUGGCACUCUCAGCUGUCGCCUACGGCGAACACGCUCAGUACGACGAGUUCGGUCGUAUCGUUGGUGGAUCUUCCGCCAGCAUCAGCGACUUCCCGUACCAACUGAGUCUGCGAUGGAACAACGCCCACUUCUGUGGUGCUGCCCUGAUCUCCUCGACAUGGGCCGUCUCAGCGGCUCACUGCACCAUCGGUCGUAGUGCAUCAGGCAUGUCCCUCCAGGCUGGAAGCGCAAACCGCCUUUCGGGUGGUCAAGUCCGAGCCGUUUCCCUGGUGAUCAACCACCCCAGUUACAACGCGAGGACCAUUGACAACGACAUCAGUCUUCUCAGAGUGAGCGUUGCUUUCACCCUGAGCAGCACCGUCCGGGCUGUGGCUCUUCCCUCCCAGGGACAAGCCGUCUCCAGUGGAGUCUAUGCCGUUGUUUCUGGAUGGGGUACCAUGACUGAGGGCGCCAGCAGCCUGCCUACUGUCCUGCAACAGGUCUCGGUGCCGGUUGUUGCCCAAACCACCUGCAACCUUCUCUACUGGGGUGGCAUCACCAGCAACAUGCUCUGCGCCGGCUACCUUGCCGGAGGUCGUGACCCUCAUCGGUGUCGUGUCCUGGGGUAA